AUGAAGAGGAUAAAUCUGCGCUGGAAAUCACCGCCCAUGUGGCCGUCCGGAGUGGGUAACAGGCUGCCUUGUCCCCGGGAAUCCGCGCUCCGCAGGGCGGCCCUCAGUGGAAACGUCCUCGCGCUCCCUCCGUACCACGUACCCACUGGCAGGAGCGUCCGGGUCUUCAUCAGCGCCAACCCCGACGACACGGAGGCGGAGAGGAACGCUCUGAAGGAACACGUGUAUCCAAAAUUACGGGACUUCUGCCGGGAGAACUAUGGGAUUGAGUUCCAGGUGGUGGAUCUGUACUGGGGGAUCGACUCGGAGGAGUGGGACAGCCCGGACCUGCAGCGCAUGAGGAUGAAGCUCCUGGAGGAGUGCCUGAAGACCUCCGCAGGUCCAUGUUUUGUUGGACUCGUGGGGGAGAAGUACGGAAGCAUCCGGAUCCCUGGGGAGGUGGAGUCGGCGGAGUUUGAGAUGAUCCUGGACGCUGCCAUCGAGGCGGGACUGGACACCCGGAUUCUCGAGGAGUGGUACUGCCGGGACGAGAACGCUGUCCCGCCCGCGUACUACCUCAAACCCAAAUCCCAGAUGCUGAAGAACUACCACAACUCAAUGGAGUCCAGCAACACUAAGUCGAAGAGUGACACUUCUUGGAGGAACGUUUCGGAGGAGAUAAAAAAGAUCUUCAGGACUUCCGUGCUGCAGCUACAAGAGAAAGGGACCAUGAAACCCAGCCAAGCCAAGAAGUUUCUUUGCUCUGCCCUUGAGGACGAGCUGGACUUUGCCUUAGGCAAGCAGACCCCUGCCUUCCUGAAGAAGUGUGUGUGCUACAUCCGCAAGAUCUCCAACUUCGACCGGCACGCAAAGCUCCCAGAGAUGGCCCGCUACAUGGACAUCGUAGUCAACGGCGACCGAAUCAUGCGCAACCAGGAGGCGUACGAGCGCUUGCUGAAGAUCCGCGACGAGUUCAUCCCCACCAUCGUGGCCACCUCCAACCUGCGCGUCUACUCCUCAGUCACCCACUGCGACAUGAAGCUGGGCUACUCCCAGGAGGUGGAGAGCCACUACGUGGAGGGUCUCUGCAAGCAGUUCUAUGAGGACAUGGUGGACAUCAUCCAGGCUACCGUCCAGCAGAACUUCGACACCGAGACCGACCCGCUCUAUGACGACAUUGUACAACACCUGUCCCUCUGCAAGACCUACUCCAGCUUCUACCAGUACAAGUGCGAGACCCUCGGCCAGAUACACAGAUACAUCCUCCCCAGCAAAGGAGGGAGGAUGACCCCCCUGGUGUUGUACGGAGGACCCUGCACAGGGAAGACCCUUCUGCUCGCUGAGGUGGCCAAGCAGGCCUAUUCUUGGCUCCAAAAAGAAUUGGGACCGGAAACAGACCCGGUGGUCAUCGUCCGGUUCAUCGGCACAACGGAAUUCUCCUCUGACCUGCGCACUUUACUGCAGAGCAUCUGCGAGCAGAUCGCCAUCAACUAUCGCUGCCUCAUUCACUUCCUGCCCCACAAGAUUGAGGAGAUGAGGGAGCUCCUGGUCAACCUGCUGGGGGAGUCCUCCUUCCAGCGACCCCUGGUCAUCAUCCUGGAUGCCCUGGAGCAGCUCUCAGAGGCCGACGAGGCCCGCAAACUGUGGUGGCUCCCUGCCCACCUGCCCCGGACGGUGCGCAUCGUCGUCUCCACCCUGCCCAACAAGCAUGGGAUCCUACAGAAACUCAGGUGCCUGGUCCAUGAGGAGAGCCGCUACAUGGAACUGACACAGCGAGACAGGAAGCUGUGCAGCCAGACACUCAAGCACCAGCUCCUGGCCGUCAAGCGCAAGGUGACCUCGGGCCAGCAGAUCUACGUCAACGAGGCGCUGGCCAAGUGCACCCUCCCCAUGUUCGUGAACCUGAUCUACAGGGAGGUACUUCACUGGAGGUCGCACAAGGAUGUGGACGACACGUCUCUGUGCUCCACCGUGCACGAAAGCAUCGAGCAGCUCUUCUUCUCCAUCGAGAACAAGCUGGGCUCCAGGUUCGUGUUCAGGGCCUUGGGCUACGUCACCAUGGCCCGGGCCGGGCUGACUGAAAUGGAGCUGGAGGACAUCCUGUCCCUGGAUAACAGCGUCCUGAGUGACAUCAUGGUGGGCUCCAACCUCAAGAACCCACUGCGGAUCUCAUAUGACCUCAUUGCCCAGCUCAAGGAGGAACUGGAAGGGUAUCUGGUGGAGAGGCAGGUGCGGAAUGUGACACUGAUGGUAUGGGCUAACCGGCACCUGCACCUCAUCGCCCAGAAGCUGUAUCUAAGCAAUGAGGAGGACGUCCACCAGAUGCACAGCCUCCUGGCUGAGUACUUCUUGGGGGCCUGGUCUGGUGGGAGGAAGAAAAUAUUUCACUGCGACAACAAUCAUUUUGCCUCCCUCACCAUCUCCCAACACAGGAACCCUCACCAACAUCACGGCAGUGACAAGGCAAAUACCGACAAACACUCCUAUGACCGGCAAACCCCAGAGCAGCCUUGGGUGUUCCAGUGCAACCUGCUGGAGCCUGACAUCUUUUUUGUCAACCACAGGAAGAUGACAGAGCUGCUCUACCACCUGACGCGGAGUGGGCGGACGGAUGACCUCAUGUACGGCGUCAUCAUGAACUUCAGCUGGCUGUACACCAUGAUCAAGAUCGGGCAGUUCGAUAAGGCCUUGUCGGACAUCGACACUGCCUACAGCUACUCGCAGGAGAAGGAGAUCAAGUUCUUGGCUACCACCUUGCGCAGCAUCAAGGUGAAGGUUACCCGCAACCCAGCCUCGUUAUCCGCUGAGCUCCAACAGAGACUCCUUCCGGUUGUCACCUCCUUGCCCAAGCUUCGCCAUCUUCUGCUGGAGUGUGACAAGGACGGACCCAAGUACUGUUCCAUUGUACCCCUCCACUCAGCUAUGGAUGUGACUUACAGCCCAGAGAGGCUGCCCCUGUGCUCCAGCUACAUGCAGAUCGUGGAGAUUCUCCCCACCUUCGCCCCCAACAUAAUUAUCGUGGCCCUGGAGGAUGGCACGGUAAGCACCUGGGACGUGGAGAGCCGACAACUCCUGAGGCAGAUUGACACAGCACGCUCGGUGGUCCUGGGGAUCCGCCUCACCAAUGAUGAAAAGUACCUGGUGGUGGCCACCACCAAGAACACACUGCUCAUUUAUGACAACCACAAGUCCUGCCUGCUGUCGGAGGUGGAGGUAAAGGGCUCAAAGCAAUGCGGCAUCACGGGAGGUGUGGCCUUCAUCAACGGCUUCACCCUCUCCAGCCACCACGCCCUGGCCUGGCUGGAGGCCAGCAAGGACGUCAAUGUUAUUGACCUGCUCUACGGCUGGCCGCUCUACCAGUUCCACUGCUGGUAUGAGGUCACCUGUGUCCAGUGCUCACCAGAUGGGAUGCAUGCCUUCUGUGGACAGUACCUCAACACCACAUCUAUCUUCCAUCUAGGCAGUGGGGACAAGCUAGCCACUGUCACCUCCGAGUUCUCCGGUGGGUUUGUGAAGUCGCUCCUGGUUUUGGACACCAUCCAUCAGAUGGUGAUGAUUGACAACGAGGGGAGCCUGUCGGUGUGGAACACCAAAGAGAUUACCAACCCCCGGCUCAUGGAGGACUAUGACUGCAGGGGGGACGACAGUGAAGUUAUUGCCAUCGAGCUGUCAGAGGACCAGCGUUCCAUCCUCAUCUGCAAGGCAAGGAGCAUCGAGGUCCUGGACACCCGGCUCUGGAAGAUGGUGGAGAAGUUCAAGGCCAAGCGCAGCGAACGCUUUGUCGCCGCCGUCCUCUCCAAAAACGGGCAGAGCAUCGUGGCGUCCAUGGAGAACACCUCGUCAAUUUUUGUGUGGCGCAGAGACAGUGGCCAGUGUAUGGCCAGCCUGGUGGAGAUAUCUGGGGCCAUUGUGAAACUGAUUAAGUCCACCCAUCACAACCUGCUUCUGUCAGUUGCCAGCAGUGGGGUGCUCUCUGUCUGGGACAUAGACAUCAUCACCGCUAUGUCAAACAUCGACAAGACUGGGAAGCGAAUCCAGAGCCUGCAGCUGUCUGGAAGGGAAGAUUUUGUCUUUACCAUGGAUGGCUCGGAGUCUGUGCACAAAUGGAACUUCAGCACUGGCUUCAUUGAGACGGUGUUCAAGCAUGAGGGCAUUGUGGAGAACUGUGUCCUCACAUCCUCUGGUGACUUGAUGGUGACCUCAGAUGACAAGUGCAGCCAGUACAUCUGGCACACAACCACGGGUGAGAACAUCUUCCGCAUCAAUGGGCAGAAGAUCUCCCAGCUCCUGAUCACCCACAAUGAUCAGUUUGUGGUCUCCCUCUGUGAGCAGAAUGCCUCCAGGGUCUGGAGAUUGGCAACUGGCCACAAAGUCUGCAACAUACUAGUGGCCUUGCAGAACGCUUUGAUUACCACUGCAAACACGUUCCUGGUUGGGACAACAAAGAACAAACUGUUGGCUGUGAGCCUGUGGUCGGGUAGUGUGUCGAAAAAGUUCAUCUGCGAUGAAGGCAUAACUAUUGUCAACUUCAAACUCAUCCCGGACUGCCCAGACUUUGUCGUCUUUAUCACCUCCACAGAGACGGUGUUCAUCUGGAGCGUAGCCGACGAGUCCAUCUGCCGGAGGGUGCAGCUGCCUACCAACUUCCUGAAAAACUUGGAGGACUUCCAGAUCUCCCCUAACGGCAAGCUGGGCAUCGUCUCCAAGGGGGACGAGAACAUCAACGUCCUGGACCUGCACAGCGGGAAGCUCCGGAUCGUCCAUGCUGCGGGGAUCAUCUGGCGGCAGAAGCUUUCGCGGGACGGACGCUACCUGGUCUACAUCUGCUUCCGGAACUGUGAGGAGGAUGACGAUGCCGGAGUUGUGUCCAGCCUCAUUGUCAUGAGACUGGCAGAUGGGAAGAGCAUUGGCACCUGCUCCCUCUACAAGACUCCCACCUUCCUGUGCCUGUCGCAGAGGGCACUCAACAUCAUCAUCGGCUUCGAAGACGGCAGCAUCGGCACCUACACGGUGGUGGACCGCGUAGACGCAGCGCUGAAAAUCAAGAUCGCCACUUCCAACAGCCGCCAAAUCGUCAACAACGCCUCCCAGAAAGUCAGGCCCAAAUGCGGCAACUUCGCCUUCAAGACCAUCGCCGACUGUGUCUGGAGGGAGUCCACAGAGGUCUUCUCUAGGGACAGCCCCAUAAACGUAUCUGAUUCAGGUGAGGCGGAGACCACAACGCCAACAAAGAAGAAUGAAUUGCUGCAGUGAGGGGUUUGGCAGUCCACUUCCUGUUUACAACUUCCUAUGUGACACAGUUGCUAAUGAGCAUGAUACUGCUGCUACCGCUGAUGAUGAGGAUGAUGUUGAUGAUAAUGAUCUUGCACUGACUGAAGCUGCAGUCAAUUGUAUCACCUAAUGACUGUUUAUCAGUGGGAUGUGUAACAAUGAGUUCCCCUAUUAAGUGCGCUUUGUUGCCUUUGGCAGUUGAAGAACUUGUCAUUUAAUGGUUAAGAUUUUUCAGUGUUGUGUUCAGUCAACCAUUAUAAUGACAAUAAUAUUUCCUUGACCGCUCAUCCUUAUUUUAUAAUGUGUACAUUUAGACACGCUGUUAAUUUAUAUAAAAGGCCAUGUACAUUUGUGAUAUAUUUUUAGUAAAAUACAGUUGCUGCCAUUUUAUUUUUAUUUUCUGUUUAUGUUUAGUUUUUUUGUGGCUGCAAAAGAUACAUCGUAGAAUUUCCCAGUACUGUAUAAAAGAUAUAUAAAUAUAGUAUAUAAAUACUUGUAAAUAUCUAUUUUGGCUGCUGUGAUUGUGCAACUCCUUAAAAAAAAUAUUAUGAUGUGCUUAAUGCAAUCAAAGAGAGUGCCUGGAUUUUGAAAUGUUUUUUCUUGAAAAAAAAAUAUAUAUAUGAAGAUGCAGGGAAUUUAUAAAUACAUUAAUCAUUCUGACAAGCAUACAUUAUGGAUUUGGUUGUUUUAGAUAUCAAAGAACAUAAUUAUGAUAAUGUUGUUGAUUAAUGUGAAAAAAGAGGUGAACUGCAUAUUCCUGAGGGGAAAAGAAUUGUGAAUUAUGAUUAUUGUGGAAAACUAUGACUGCCCAAAAGAAAUUUGUAUUAUUAAUCAGUUUCUGAAUUAUUUUGCAAUAUUGAGUUGAUUUGAGGAUAACACUAUCUCACACUACAAGACCACUUUGGCCUUAAAGGUUCUGCUUGUUUAAGUUACAUGUGAAGUAAGGUUUUGUUCUUUGGUGUGUUUUGUGUGGGUAGAGGAAAACAUACUCAAUACUGUAAUGAGGCAGUUUAGCUAAGGAAAAGUUCUAGAAAAAAUUGACAUAUUUAACUAGUUUGAUUUUGAACAUAUGUAUUGCUUCCACAUAAUUGUGAUGUGAGUAUUGCUGUUGAUUUUUUCACCUACUGUGAUUCAAGUUGGCACUCACCAUGAACUCAAAUUAAACAAAAUUAAACAAAAUUUUGGCAGACUGGCAGUGGACCAUUCUAAUAUUUCUUCAACACAAGAUUUAAAAAAGGUUUGUUUCUUUGGCUUUCUUUUUUAUAAUUUUAUACAACUUUCAAGGGCUAUUCCGUCUAAUUGUAUUUGUUUGCCUCAUUUGACUGUCAGGACAUUUAUUUCUGACAACCGUCAGUUUAACUUUUGACUUGUAGCAGUAUUAAGCUUUAAAUAUAAUAAUUUAUCUUCCCUCAGAAAGCAAAUUUUCUAAAUAAAUGGGUAUAAUAUACACAUGAAUAAUCUUAUAUUUGCCAAAGGUUGAAAAAAAAUGUCGUUUACAGAACAUCCCUGUUUUAUGGCUUUUUGUCAUGGCAGAAUUGUUUAGAAUUUAAGUAUGAUUCGUUGUGAUUAUGUUAGCUGUGUAAAAGGAAAAUGUAUUAAGAAGUUUUUGCUAACAAGUUUCAACAAUUUCACUUACGUCUUAUACUAUAUUGGAAUGCCAGUUAAAGAAUAUAUUUGAAUGUGUUAAUAUGAAAGCCAGUAUACCGUACAUUGUAUGUUAUGUAACUUGAAUGACUUUUCAUAACUUAUAUGUUUGCAACAUAUAGAAAAUAUACUGGUAAUGAAUGUUUUUAAAGUAUUCUUUGUAUUGUCAGGACUGACUUACCUGUUUAGAGAUUUAUAUUUUCAUAAAUGUUGUAUUUAAAUUUUGUUACAGAGUUGUAUAACUGGGAUUAUUUAAAAAUUGUCUGAAGCAAUAUGAAAUAGUGUGUAUGCAUUGUUUGUAUGGAAAAUUUUAAUGUAAUAAAAAGUUUGAAGUUUC